AUGGCCCAAUGUGAAGUUGCAUGCUGGGGGAAUGAAAAAAGAGAUGAACAAGGGAAGAAAUUCCCUCGUUCAUUUGGAGAGUUGAUGAACAAGGGUAAUUCCCCUUGUUUGUCGUGCAAGUACAGCCCCACAACAGCAUGGUUGAUGCGCUGUGGUCAACGCAGCUGGGUUGAUGAGGCGCAGGUCGACAUGGUGCAGGAUAGCAGUGCUGCUGGUGGCUGCCAUGGAGCUCACACACCUGGCUGGGUCUCCCAAACUGUGGGUCUCCCCUCUCUAUUUCCCAUCCCACCCUUCCUUACUGAACUUUCAGAAACACAAAAAACAACGGCCUACAUCCCUCAUUGGAGGGGAGAGGCUCCAGGACACGAGUAUGAGGGUGCCUAA